AAGAAAAGGAGAGGGCAAUGGAGAGGGAGUGGCAAGCGGAGAGGGAGAGACAGGGGGAGGAGCAGGUGCCUGGAAAGGGGGAGGGAAGGCAGGAGGAGGCCAGUUACAAGGGGGAACAGGUUGACCUGUCAUUCAGUGUCAGGAAUAGAAAAGGGCCUGCAAGCCGCAACGCAGCUCCCACAAGCAGAGAGAGUCGACAGGGAAUGCCAGCCGCUUGCUCCUAUUCAGAGAGCCUGCUCACCACCAGACUACAACAGAUACAACAGCUACAACAGCAACAACACUGUAUACUGCACAGAGCUGCACAAAGCUCCCAGCCAGAGACAGCCAGAGGAGGUGGACCGGGACCCACCAAGAAGUACCAGCCCAAAUACAAGCCUGCGAUACCCCAGCUCGGGAGCUCCGUUCCUGGAUGCGUCUCAGUUAACGGCUCCAGCUCCAGCAUGGGCAGCAAGCUGGAUGAGGAGGACAACGAGGUGAAGUGGUUCAGUGACGUGGCCUUCCGCAGCCUGUCCUCUGGAUCCCCUCAGGUGGACUACCUGGACAUGUACAACUCCAGCCACCGCUCCUCCACUGGAGCCUCCCAGCCCUCCACCCAGGACAGCCCAGCGGGGGCUAAUGCAGCCUGGCUGGCCUAUGCUGACCUCAGAGGGUCUGUUCCACAGCUGGACAAUGAAGACUUCCCAGUCCCACGCCAGCAGCAGCAGCAGCCCUCCUCUGGGGCUUAUUAUCCACCCCAUGACGACCUGGACUCAUCCAAAAAAUGUGAGAUGGGCAGCUUUGAGUGUGUGGACGUGGCUGUGGAGAGAGAGGAGCCCAAGAAGGUGAGGAGAGGAGUGCCCAAGAGACAGAUCCAGCUGAAGAGAAGGAAUACGGCCGAGCUGAAGAUGGGUGAGAACAGCAAUGGUAGUCCCAUCAUGGUUCCUAGUCCUGUAAUGGUUCCUGUGGCUCCUGUGGCUUCUAUUGUUCCGAUGGACAGUACCUCUCUAAAGAGACACAGCAGAGAGACGUUGCAGAGACAACACAGCACUCCUCCGGCCUUGCAGGAAGCCUACUGCCCGGAACCCAGCCCUGAACCUGCCACCGAGAGGACUGAGCAGACCAAGAGAAAUGGCAAGCUCCAGAAGUCUUUGUCCCUGGACGAGACAUGUACCAAAACCAAGAUGGCCACCUGCCUGAUCAACAACAUCCUCUCCAAGAAGAUGCAGAAUGUUGGUAAACCAACUGACCAGGAAGGAGAAGGAGGUGACCUCAGCCCCUCUGAGGACAAAACCCCUCUUCCCCCUGAUAGUGAGGCGUCAACCCUUAAAGAGUCCACAAAACCAGAGACACGGAAUCUGAGUUCCAGCAUAAACUCACGAAACAGUUUUUCUUCUGAGCACCUGGCUGUGAGAAGAGAGACCAGUCCAAACACUGACGUAAACAGACAACAUGGAAGUUUUGGGGUGAAAUCCAGUGUUAGACGAAUGAACCAUACUAUUAAUACUGACUCCACUUCUCUACAGCGAAGCAACAAGAGGCCUGAACCUCCCAACACAACCCCUGAGAUGAGUCCCAACGCACAUGUUGCUCCUGUUACCUUUCCUCGGAGAAGCAACGAGAGGCCUGAACCUACCAGCACAACCCCUGAGAUGAGUCCCAACGCACAUGUUGCUCCUGUUACCUUUCCUCAGAGAAGCAACGAGAGAAUUGAAUCUCACAGCAACAGAAGCCCUAACCAUGUUAGCCCUUGGAUGAGAUCUGAGCCCCCUACUACUAAUUGUCCUCAGAGAAACAGCGACAGAACUGAGUCUCCUGCCAGAAACCCAAACUCUUGGAGAACUGACCCGGUCAAACCAGAGAUGAGGUCUGAACUGGUGUUCCCGUUUGAGAGUAAAAAACCCACAGAGAAGAAUGCCAAUAUGGGGGGUAAGCAGACACAUGACAGUAAAUGGAGGGAUGAGAGGGAUGACAGUAAAUGGAGGGAUGAGAGGGAUUACAAACAGGCAGGUGACUCAGCAGAUGCAGCUGCCCGGAACACCAGCGUUCCCACUGCCACCCGAGCCAGCAGCACGCAGGCAGGAAUGACAAACACAAAGCUGGAAUACCCCUCUGACUCUUUAAACCAUAAACAUCCGAGUGUCAAGAGCACCUACAUGUCCAAAACACCAGAGAUCACUCUGAAACCCAGCCCUGUUACAGAGAUAAAGAAAACCUCUUCUCUCAACAUCUCACUGUUGCCCGAGAUAGAAACUAAACCUGAGGGUAACCACGAGACUGCCUCCCCUGGGAAGACCUGUCAGAGAGAAACAACAGAAGAAGACAGGACAGUGGAGACUUCACAUGCAGAAACCAGAGAGGAAGACAGGAGAAUAGGGACUUCACAUAGAGUAACAAGAGAAGAAGAGAAGGGGGUGAAUACCUUGAACAAGAUGAAUGAACAGAUGGUGAAUAUGGAUGCCAAUAGGAACAGUAAAGCCAAAGCUCCCAUGCACAAAGUGAGAGAUGUGAGAAGGCUGGUGAAAAACACAUACAACCUGUCGUUCAAGGCCAUGCCAGCACCAGAGAAGGAGGAGAGGAGUGAGGAGAGGGGAGAGGAACCGAGACAGGAAAGGAGGGAGGAGAGAAAAGAGGAAAGGAAGGAGGAAAGGAGGGAAGAGAAGAAAGAUGACAGAGUGGAAAGGAAAGAGGGGAGGUAUGAAGAGACAAUAGUAAGGAGAGAAGAGAAGAAAGAGGAAAAGCUACCACCUCACCCAAUAUCUCUUCAGAAAGAGGAAAAGCUACCACCUCACCCAAUAUCUCUUCAGAAAGAGGACAAGCUACCACCUCACCCAAUAUCUCUUCAGAAAGGAAAGUCCAGCUCCAGCAUUCCCAGCCCCAGCUCCAAUCCUGGCCUCCUCACCCUCACUUGGUCCCAAAGCUUCGCCAGCCCCAGCUUCUCCUCCAGCACCAGCUUCAUCCCCAGUUCUAGGCACUCCACCUUCCACUGUCCCCAUCAAGACCCCUACCCCCAGCCACUCUGUGUCCAUACUGGUGAAGGAGAAGGGCUACCAGGCAGAUAUUGGGUCUUUGGUCUCUGA